CUCUCUCCACUUUUUGUAACACAAGAACUAUCAAAAAGGUCUCUUCACACUAUACUCAAAACAAACCAUACUAUACAUCUCUCUCUCUCUCCGCGGAAAGCCUACAAAUGAAGAAUCUAUACCUUUGAUGAGUCUAUGGACAAGAAAGAGGAGCUAAAGAACAACGCAGAGAAUUCAAACUUGAUGGCAAACUCAACAUUUUCCGAUCAGAUUCCGGCUGUCUAUGGUGGUGGUGGUGGUGGUAGUGGCUUUUUUGAAAUACCACAAGGAUACUUGGAUAUGAUGUCUUUUCAGGACUACGGUGGCGCGUCUGUCUUCGAUUUGCUUCAACAGCCUACUCCACCGAAUUUGGUAGUGGAGAAGCUACAGAUUCACCCUCCGUCAACACUUGAACCACCGUCUCUCCCACCGUCAGUUUCCACUGUGACGGAGACGCCUGAGAUGGUUAACACGUCAACACAAAACUCAUCCUCUAUCUCGUCGUCUUCAAACGAGGCUGCGAAUAAUGUUGAUCAGGAGAAUAACAGAAGAUCAGCGCAAGAGAAUGAGGAAGAACAACAUGAGGAUGUAGAAGAUGAUGAUCAAGAAAAGAAUACUACGAACAAACAGUUGAAACCCAAAAAGAAGAACCCAAAAAAGCAAAGGGAACCAAGAUUUGCAUUCAUGACGAAGAGUGAUAUUGAUCACUUGGAUGAUGGUUACAGAUGGAGAAAAUACGGCCAGAAAGCUGUGAAAAACAGCCCUUUUCCUAGGAGUUACCAUCGGUGUACAAGUGUGGCGUGUGGAGUGAAGAAGCGAGUGGAAAGAUCAUCAGAUGAUCCAUCCAUUGUAAUCACUACUUAUGAAGGUACCCACACUCACCCCUAUCCCAUGACGCCUCGAGGAAGUAUUGGAAUCUUGCCGGAAAGUGCUGGCUACGGCGGUCUUGGUGGUGGCGAUGGUCUGGGUGUUUCUUCAUUUCUUUUUGCACAGCCUCACUAUCAACAACAACAACUACAACCCUAUUUCCAUAACCAAACAUCAACUUCAUCUUCUCUAAGCUUUAGCACCACUAAUUCCAGUGCUCAUCCAUCAUCGUACUCCCAUUUCCUUCAAGAAAGACGUGCUUUCCCUUCACCUUCUUCUUCAUUACUUAGAGAUCAUGGACUACUCCAGGAUGUUGUUCCGUUCCAGAUCCGGAAAGACGAGCCUAAAAAAGAACAGAAUUAAGGGGCCAGGGUUUGAUAAUUUUAACUACUAUAUAUAGUUAGCUACUUUCUCAAGCAUUCAGGAAUCUUUUUAGUAGUCUUAUGUGCUAACAAUGUACAAGGAUCGGUUUUUCGCGUGUUAAUUACCUAUUUUUAGGUAAUAAGAAACACCCACUUCACUGUUGCGUAGCAAAGUUUGAUCAUCGAUCAGUGUACAAUGACUAGGUUUUUUUUUCUUGGGUUUUUGGCUGGAUAAUCAUGGGGCGGAUAGCAUGGUUUAUGUUGGUUCUUUUGUUUAUUCGUUGUACUUGACAGAUAUUCCCAUAUUUUGCUAUGGGGAUUAGGGUAGUAUGAUUUUGUACAUCUCAUGAAUUUCAAUUAUAGGUUCUUGUUGCGUGUAAUUGUCCAAAUUAUAUGUAGCCAUGUAAGGCAAAAUUAAUGGUUUCCGC